UGUCAAGAUGGCGGCGUCUGUGUCGCUGCAGGUGGAGUUUGGAGGUGGUGCAGAACUCUUGUUUGAUGGUGUCAAAAAGCAUCAGGUGACUUUGCCCUGUCAACCGGAGCCUUGGGAUAUCAGAAACUUGCUGAGGUGGAUCAGACAGAAUCUGUUGAAAGAACGACCAGAAUUAUUUAUGCAAGGGGAAUCUGUGAGGCCAGGAAUUCUGGUGCUCAUCAAUGAUGCAGACUGGGAACUAAUGGUCUCCUUGACGUGUAGUUUCAUGGCACCAAGCAGUUUCCCAGCCCCAAGCAGAGCCCCUUUGCUAGAGCAAGAUGGUACCACAGCAGGUGAUGGCAGCCCUGGGGAGAUUUCUGCCCAAACAGGCAACUGGGUGAGCUGGAUUAUAAACUCCAGGACCAGGAUAAUGUUCUUUUCAUCUCGACGUUACAUGGUGGGUAAACUUGUGGAAAAACAAGAGGAUGUAAAUCCAGAUCCCUGGGCAAAAAAAAUGCAAACAAAAAAGUAAACCCAGCCAAACCUCUGCUGAACUGCCUAUGCCUGGUCUCUGCACCUCCCCACCACAUUCACUUGUUACUACAGACAUUCAAAUAAAGUCUUGCCAGCACGUGGCCUG